AUAAGUUCAUAUGAGACACCCUCAGACUUGGUUACACGUAUGAUGUGUAACCAUGCAAAUUGUCUCUACGUGUCACGUCCCCAGGACAAUAUAUACAUCGCCUACGACCGCCAUUGAUGACUCUUAAAGAAGUAUAAAAACCCAGAAUCUCCAGGCAUUGAGAGCUAGCUAGCCACUUUUCAGAUCACUAGAAGAUGCAGAGCCUGCGGGAAGAGAGAAGCCAUAGCAGAAAGCUUGAAGAAGACGAUGAGACGCCAUCAAUGGCGCUGAACCACGUGUCGAGGCUGUGCAGAUCCGUGAAAGACUCGGUGGAUUUCUACACCAAGGUUCUGGGGCUGGUGGAGGUGGAGCGGCCGCCGGCGUUCGACGGCUUCGACGGCGCGUGGCUCUUCAACUACGGCGUCGGGAUUCACCUGGUUCAAGCUAAGGAUGGAGAUCAAGAUCGUCUCCCCCAUCCCACAGAUCAACAAUCUUUAGACCCCAUGGAUAACCACAUCUCUUUCCAAUGUGACGCCAUGGAAGCCAUGGAGAGAAGGCUGAAGGAGCUGAAGGUGAAAUACAUGAAAAGAACGGUGGGUGAAGGGGAAGGAGAAGCCAUAGAUCAGCUGUUCUUCAAGGACCCGGACGGAUUCAUGAUCGAGAUCUGCAACUGCGAGAAUAUCACGCUGGUUCCUCAGCCGUCGCUGGGCAAAAUAAAGCUCCCUUCCGACCGUCACACGCCGCCGGUUCAGCCGCCGGAGAAAUCAUAUUCAUAGUUGAAAUGGUGAACUUGUUGGGCCGGGGUUUAUACUUUGAUAUAUUGGGCUUAGCCCACAUUACAUAAUGUGUACCGGCCCAUUAUGAUACAUUUGUACCUUGUAACAUUUCACCUAGCUUUUAGAUUAGGUACCACUAAUUAGGCUAAUGAGCUGUUCUAUGAAAUCUACUACUUAUAUUGUAAGAGAAGAGGCUGAAUUAUACUUAAAUUAU